AUGGAUAGCACUAAACGUGCUCCGAGCAAUGAGCCGACUCUGAUGAUGGGCGACUUGGUACUGACGCUCGACUGCUCUCCGAUCGACGCGCUCGUCUGUGUAGGACUGACUCCGUUGCGAAGUCGAUUUCUAACUGUUCUCUUUCAGAACACGUUUCCGUGUCCAGUUGAGAAGAGAAAAGGACUCACUAAGAAUGAGGUUGGUCGUGAAGAGACAAUAUGAUUUGUGAAUGCGACUUUCAGAAAAAGCAAAACGUCUUCUAUCAGUACGCCUCGUUCGAAGAGGCGCGUGUCGCGUGGAAAGCGUUGAACGGCAUCCGGAUUCCGGCAGUCGAGCCAGAUUUCCGACUCGAUCUGACGUUCGCAAAGCAGGAGACGGAGGUGUGCACCUUCUUCGCCAUUCCGAACGUCUUCUUCACACGCUUCGAGGUCUACAAACUCGUGUCCCGCUACCAGUCGGUGCUCGGACUCGCCUAUUAUCAGUACGCUCCGUGGCAGCGCAGAGUGAAGAGAACGUCGUGUUUUGUGCGAUUCGCCGACCCGGACGAGUGUAUGGACGCGGCCAGGGUGAGGCGGAAAUUUCAGGCGAAACCAUAGUUGUCAUAUAUGACGGUCUCCAGAGCUGACAAUAUGGGCGUGGCCUCGGCGAAAUGGCAUUUUCAUGAAUUGAGCAGGUUUUCUCUGAUCUUUGUGGUCAAAUGCGAUGAAAAAUGAUUGCUCGACAUGAAAACACACUAAUUCUCACAGAAUUAAUGACGUUUUGGCGCAUUUUUCGCUUACUUUGCUUUUUCGCCUUCGCCGCCGAUCGCCGCCUAAAAACCGCACUUUUCAUUUUGCGCUUUUUUGACCGUUUUCAGACAGAAUUGAUUUUAAGAAUGAUAAAUCACGUAAAUACAAGCAUUUUGAGCGCUCAAACCGCGAAAAUUACCGAAAAGCAACUGAAAUUCACGCAGUUUUAGCCAAAAAACCUUCAAACUGAUAAAUUUGAUUUGCGACUUGACCAAAUUUAACGCUCUUGCGCUUAAAAAAUUCGUAAUAGCCUAUACAAUCGGUCUAUCGAGAGACAAAUGAGAAAUUAUCGGUUUUUCGUGGCUAAUCUGGCAAAAAACACAAAUUUAGCUGUUAAAAUUUGAAUUUCGCGCCAAUGUAUCGCUCUAUUGGGCGGGGCGCACUUGCGCCCAUUGUCAGCCGUGCUAGAUACAAAAUAAAUGUACUCGUAACUUUGUUUUUGGAAGUCAGUAUGCAAGAAAUGAGUUUCAGGAGAUGCACGGGAUGCUCGUCGAAGGCCAUCCGGUCACAAUGACCAUCUCGGCGCGGCACAUUGACGAGCUGAAGGAGUACGUGCAGCACCGAGAGGCGGACAAUUUGUUGAGGGGAAUCCCUCCGUUCCACAACUUUUGUGAGACUUUUUAGGAUCGCACAGAGCCACUGAAAUUUGUUGCUGAACCAACAAGGAAAACGGGCGGGGAGAGCGCAAAGAUUGAUGGAUGCGGAUGCGAGAAUGACGUGCCGUAGGGCGCAUACCAAUUUGUCGACAAGUCAUUUUGAAUCUGGAGCAGUCUGGGGAGACCAAUUCCGCCGAAAAAAACACGCCGGCGAAUAAAAGCGAAAAGAGAAAACGAGUCUAUUUUUUUGCAUUUUCAGACGAGAAGAGACGUGUCGGACGCGACGAGUUCAACACGAUCACCAUCGACGCCGCCGACUUUUUCGACGAUCUCGAGGCUUCGCGAUGGACGGAUCUUGUGUUUCGGACAGACGUGAAGGAUACGGCCUACGCGCGACAGAUGACUAUCAACUAUUUUGAGCAUUUUUGA